UGGUUGAUUAUACAGGAAAGCACUAAAGUAUGACUGGAGCAGGCCCCCUCUUAGGCAGUCAGUGGCCCCCCUUAUGAAAAUUUCUGGAUCUGCCACUGUGAUGGGCCUUCCUGAAAAGUUUUUAUUCUGUCAACAGUUCUUAUCACCUUUGAUUCAUUUUAUAAAAUUUUGGGAGGGAAUAACUGUUUGCCUUAUAAGUUCAAGAGUCAUAUCUAGAUUGUAUAAGGUAGUGAGUUAGAUCAAAGUGUCCUUUAUUCUUUAAUUUUUUAGACCAUUUUCUAUAGUAUAUCCUUUAUAUUUUGGCAUCCCAUUAUUCUCUAUUCUUUAUAUUUUUGCGCCCCUUUAAUAUUUUCUAUUCUUUAUAUUUUUGCACCCCAUUAUUCUCUAUUCUUUAUAUUUUUGCGCCCCUUUAAUAUUUUCUAUUCUUUAUAUUUUUGCACCCCAUUAUUCUCUAUUCUUUAUAUUUUUGCGCCCCUUUAAUAUUUUCUAUUCUUUAUAUUUUGGCAUCCCUUUAUUCUCUAUUCUUUAUAUUUUUGCGCCCCUUUAAUAUUUUCUAUUCUUGAUAUUUUGGCAUCCCUUUAUUCUCUAUUCUUUAUAUAUUUGCAUCCAAUUAUUCUCUAUUCUUUAUUAUAAGUUAGCCUAUUUUUAUUCUAUUCUUCAUUUCUUUUGAAAGUCCAUUAUUAUGCACAUUUGCCCAUUAUUCUCUAUUCUGUAAACCCCAUCCAGACCCUCUAACAGUGUCUAAAUUUUCUCCCAUUUUUGUUACUUUAUAUAGCACAGGGUAUUUCCAGUUUGUUGAUUAUGUUCUCCAUUGACAAGACUCAUUGAAAAUUAUGAUGAAUCUAAAAAGGAAAAUACUUUGUUUAAAUCUUUCUAAAAAAAAUAUUAUCUGGAAUCCCCUGAAAAUAUAACAGAAAGUAUGGACAGAGAAGAUCGUCGUCGUUACUUUAUAGUAGGAUCUGUAAUACUAGAGGUAGUCACUCCAUUGUUCUGGAAGAGGAUAGAAAAUGAUUAUACAAGCUGUGGCUUAGCAUCACUACAGGAUUUCUUAAAUAAACAAUCCACAAUUCACGUCCUCUUCCACCUUCGACACAGAAACACAUGGUGCUGCAAGGACAAGACAAAAUGUUCCAAUAAUCGUUCACUUCCACUCCAAUAUUGCCAAUGGGAUCUACUGUAUACCGAAACUAAUCCUGGUGUGAAUCCACAUGACUGCCAUUGUAAGUUCUCCGCCAAUCCUGUACAACUAGAUGAUCUAGACAUCACCUUAGCAAGCCUGAUCCUACUUAACUGCUGCACCCUUACACCUGAUGAAAAAGCUGCUAUCAAAGAGUUACGACAAUACAAGAAUGACUACCUCAGUCACAAUAUAAAAGGGGCAAUAACCAAAAGAGAGUACAGAACACUAUGGGCAGACCUGACAAACUUUAUCUUACAACUGGACCCCAGUAUACAAGAUAAUCUGACUAGGAUAGAGGCCAGACCACUAGAUGAAGCUUUAUGUAGCAGAUAUUGUAUUAGUCUUCUUGAUCUCCACGAAAGACUUGAUGAGAUUAACUCUACUAUCCAGACCAUGAACAACUCAGUACAGGGUUCUCUCCAAAACAUGGAUACAACAGUUCAAAGUUCACUACAAAACAUGGGUUCAUCGAUGCAGGUGAUUGGUAACUCGGUACAAGGUUCAUUACAGAACAUGGGAACAUCCAUGCAGGGUACACUGAGGAAUAUUGAUACAUCCCUACAGGAGUUAUUGUUUUAUGCCAGAAGAGGUAUGGCAUGUCAAUGUUAUGCGGAGAGGAGUGACAAUCAAGAAAAAAGACUUCCUUUCAGAAGGAAAUACAAACUAGGACAGUCAAUCUUCAAACUACAUCAUCAGACAGACCUGACAUCAGUAGUUAGUAAUGACUUGAGAUAUGAUAUAAGAGGUAUAGUAAUGAUGGAUGAUGGUAGACUGGUGAUGUGUUUACCUCACAAGAACAAACUACUGAUCUGUAAUACAGAUGGAUCACCGAUAGACCGUAUACAUGUACAGGGUUUACCAUGUUAUGUUGCAGCAGUCAACAACUCUACAGUAGCUGUUACACUGUUGUUUAGUGAGUGUAUAGAGAUGUAUGACAUAAACAAUAAACUCAAACUUAAAUCAAUAUCAGUACCUGGAAUGAGGUAUUUGAUUUGCAUUACAACUAUAAACAACAAGUUAGUUGUAGGUGGUAAUGACAUACUACAGAUCAUAGAUCAUCAGACAGGAGAGGUGGUACAGACAAUACCAACUGACUGUCCUCCUGACAAGAUACAUGGUUCUGGUGACAGAAUAUUCUACUGUCACCACUUCUUCGGCAACAACAAGAAGCUGUACUGGUACAGUUAUAGUGAUGACAGACAUCACUCCCUAACAUUACCAUCACGACCCAGGAGGAUGACUACACUACAAGAUGGCAGUCUGUAUGUGAUGUGUAAUGAUGGAUCAUUACAACAUGUGUCAUCUGAUGGUAAACAGUAUAAACCAGUGACAGGUCUAGAACAAAGUUACAGUAUAACAGAGAUCAGUAAUAAUAAAAAACAAAGAAAACUUACUACAAUUUAUGGUUCAUUUGUUCAAUUAUAUAAUGAGAUAUAAACCAUGCAGUGUACCCUUUAUAUCUGAUAUUUCUAGUAAUAUGUUUAACAUGUUUGAGGUGUGUCUUCUUGACUAAGUUACAUUAUGGAUGUAUAGGAAAUAAAUAGUCUUAAAAACAGGUGAUAUUUCAGUAAGUUAAUUUUGACUAAAUAAUUAAUGAACAGCAGGAGGUUGCCUGUGAUACACAUUUUAUUUCUUAUGCAGAAAAAAAAAUCCUGCAAUCUGAUUGGUUAAUUACCUGGUAGUAAAAAACACCCAACCCUUGUUCACCUGGGGAUAAAAAAAAUAUAGCCAACAAUUCCCCCAAAAAAAAAUGUUGCCAAAAUGUUGAAAAAAAAGUUAAAAUGAAAAACAAAAUUUACAAAAUUACAAAAUAAAAAGUAUAUAAAUUUCAGGACAAAAAAGAAAUAGAAUUUUUUUCCCCUCAAAAUAAACAAAAAAUACAAAAUAAUUCCAAAUUUCCCUAAAAUAAAGAAAAAAAAGUAUUUGACAAUGUGCAGCAACUGUGUUCAAAAAAUGUUCCACUGGAAAUUAUUCAUUAGCAUUUUUAGUCCCCUACCAACGAAGUCGAAGGGGACUUUAGGUUUGCACUCUGUCCGUCUGUCUGUCUGUCUGUCCAUCUGUCAGUCCGGCAACUCAGUUUUCCACAUUUUUUUUCUUCGUUCUUGAAGAUAUUGAUUUGAUAUUUGGUAUAUAGUUUUAUCAUGACAAGUUAUAGAUCAAGUUCGAAUUUUAUUCUGGUCGGAUGAUUUAGUCUAGAGUUAUGGUCCAUAAAAAAACUCCAUAACUAUUGUUAGAGUACUAUGUUAAACCAUAUAUCUGUACAAAGGGAGAUAACUCAUUUUUUAAAAGACAUCCUUUGGUAAAUUGUUUGAGGAAUUUUGUGGCAGGUUUAUAUGUUAUUUUGUAUAAACUAAUUUUCUGAAUGCUACAUGUAUAUAUAUAUAUUUUUUUGAAAUCCUUUAAUUAGAUAAUAAUCUAUUUUUUUUAAGGUAUAUAUUUCAUUACAUUACAUUGUGUAGAUAAAAGUUGUUAACAUUUUAUAGAUAAGUUACAAAUCUUUAUUAGUUUGUGACAAAUGAAAGAAAAAAUAUUUGGAACUAUUAAUUAUAUUUGAUUGUAAUUUGAAAAUAGAUAUACAUUGUAUUACAUCAUAUCUAAUUUUAGAGAACUAUUAAUCAUAUCUAAUGUUAAGAGUGUUAUAGGUUUUCCUCACUUUUUUUCAUCAUUAUUGAAGAUAUUGAUUGACAAUUGGUAUAUAAUUUUAUCAUGACAAGUUACAGAUUAAGUUCAAAUUUUUGUUUUGGUCUGAUAAUUUAGUGCAGAGUUAUGGUCCUUAGACUUGAAAAAAUUCACUCAUAUGUUCAGUUUUCCACACUGUUUUUAGUCAUGCUUGAAGAUAUUGACAUGAUAUUUACUUUUUGUUUACACACCAUGACAAGUUAUAGAACAAGUUAGCAUUUUGUUCCAGUAUAAUGAAUUUUUACCCGGUAGGGGACUAUGUAUUGCCAUGCAAUACUCUCAGAAUGCUUGUCCUAUUUAACAUCCACAGGCACUUGUCUCAGAAUUUUUUCUCCCUUUAUACCAUUGAUAUAACACAAGGUACUUAACUCGCAUUUUUGAAAAAUGUCAGCUGGUCACAAAAUUCCGUUAUAUGCCAAUUUCUCGGUUGUCAACCCACAAUGGUGUAUAACACACCUGCUUUUGUUGUCAGAAUCAUCCUUAGCAGGCCUACCAAAGUAUGUCAAUCGUAAUUAUUUCGUCUGCCGACACCAGUUUGGAAACAUAAAACUAGCAGUAUAAGGUAUCUUCCCACUCUCUUUAUAUAUCUCGGUUUACAAUUGGUCAAAUUUUAUGGGAAGGUCUAAAUGUUUCUCUGAGUUAUCUAAUCUUAUUUCAUUUCAUACGUGAAGUCCAGAGAGAGUCUGAAUGACAUUGAUGUAAUGGGAAAAUUUGAGUCUAAAAAAACAAACUCGUAACUUAUUAGGACAUUCUACAAAUAACACUCAUUAGAUUUUUUCUCAUGAUAUCUUAUACAAUUUUACUAACUGGGUGAUAAGUUCUAUUCAGACAAAAACUAACAGUUUUUUUAAAAUAAUUUUUAUAAUUAAUCAUAUCUGCAAGUUUUAUGUUUCCAAUCUGGUGUAGGUAGACGAAAUAAUUACGAUUGACAUACUUGGGUAGGCCUGCUACGGAUGAUUCCGACAACAAAAGUAGGAGUGUUAUACACCAUUGUGUAGAAAAAUCAAUUUAGAUUUACGGCAUAACAAGUUUUAGUGGGGUUGACAACCGAAAAAUCGGCAUAUAACAGAAUUUCUCGACCGGCUAACAUUUUUCAAAAAUGCAAGUUAAGUACCUUGUGUUAUAUUAAGGUAUAUAGGGGAAAAAAAUUCUGAAACAAGUGCUUGUGUUAACAUCCCAGUUUAAAAAUGAGUAAAGAAUGCUUCAUAAGAAAUAAAUUUGUUAUCUUGGUGUAAUCAGGGGUGUACAAAAUUUUACACCUGUUGAAAAUGCUUCUGCUGCGCCUCAGGGUGUAUGAAUUUUCCAUACUAUAAAAUUCUGUACACCCCUCAGCCCUGAUUACACCAAUGUAACACAUAGUAUACCUUACCUUUGUAACUAGGUGUGGUGGUGCUGGGACAUAGGUUCUAUGUAGCAGGGACAUAUUACUGGGGGCUGAAAACAGAACAGGUAAUGAUUAAGUAAUGACAAAAACCAAUUCUAGUUUUUUAAAUGAUUUAAAACUGAAAGCCAUUUUUUUUUUAAAUGCAAAGAAUUUCUUUUAAUAAAAAUUAUAAUUUCUGCAUUAUUUUUUUUAAAUGUUUUAACAGAACUCUGUGAAUUUCCUAAUUUGAGAAUAUUCUUUUAUUUCAAUUUGAACUGGAAGUUAUUUUUCAAACAUCUGAUAAUUUAGCUUAAACAGGGACAGUCUAUACUAACGGGACUGGUCACUUAUAACAAUGUGUAUACAAAUUUGCAGACAGAACUGUGCCGUCGCUGAUGUCGCGUGACUUCAUAGCAAAUCUUUUCCCAUUUACGAAGUGUUCCUCAUAACUAUAUGUUCAAGUUAACGCAAAAACAUUUUUAUGAAAUUUUAUACAUUUUGUCAUUGCAAAAUGCUGUUUUUGAAAAGAUUCCUCUGAUAGUUUUUAUAUGCCCGUUUUUUUAUAAAUUUCAGAUUUACCGUUUUCCAAGUUAUGGGGUUUUAUUCAUUAAAAUAGGGGGGAUUUUUCAGUUUUUGGACAAUAACUCAAAAACAAUCUCACCAAUUUGCAAGAAACUUUGGUGAAUUGUUUAUUUCUAUCGACAUGAGCUCCCUUUUGAUUUUUUUAAAUUUUAGACUAUAUGUUUCUGAUUUAUGGGGUUUUAUUCAUUACAAAAAGGGGGAUUUUCCAGUUUUCGGACAAUAACUCAAAAAUGCUUUCAGCAUUUUUUAUGAAACUUUGGUUAAUUGUUUAUAUCUAUUGUUGUAAGCUCCUUUUUGAUUUUUAUAAAUUUAAGAUUUUACGUUUCCGAGUUAUAAGAUUUUAUUCAUAAAAAAAGGGUUGAUUUUCAAGUUUUUGGACAAUAUCCUUAAAGUGCUUAGAGCAGUUUUCAUUAAACUUUGAUGACUGAUUUAUAUCUAUUAAGAUAACCUCCCUUUAGUUUUUUAUAAAUUUCUGAUAUAACAUUGAGAAGUUAUUGUUUGUUUAUAGUCUGACAACAGAUUUACUAAGUAUUGCGCAACAGCACAGUGUAUUGCACAACAGCAAGAGAUCUUUAAUUGAAUAUAAAUUCAAUUCAUAUAACCAAUUUCAAGUUCUUUGACUACAUUUAUUCAGAAACCUAUAAUAUGUCAAAUAUUUAAUUACAAUCCAAAUUCAGACCUGUAUCAAGCUUGAAUAUUGUGUCCAUUUUUGCCCCAACUGUUCAGGAAUGGACCUCUGCGGGCGUAUCCGGCUGCACUCAGCGAAGCAGUUUAUUUAAAUAUAGAUCUUUGAAUUUUGAGGUAAUUUGUUAGUGAAUUACGCGUGGCCGUCAUCUUGUUCGAUAUGUAAACCCUUUUGCACGACUGGAGUGUUCUUCCAAACGAUACGUCUCAGUUUAAUAAUUUAACAUUCUUUCAAAAUCUUAUAUUUUUUGUCAUGGAAAAUGGCUAUUAAUCAGAUUUUAUAUUAACAAAUAUUAAAUUACAAUGUACUGAGAAAUAUGAUGUAACUAAUAGCUUCUUAUAUCAGAGAUACAAAACUAAGUUUUUUGUUGGGUGGAAGAUUUACACGGGCGGUUUUAUUAUUAAUUAAAAUCAAUAGAGACGAGUCUGGUUAGUAUAGAAAGUCCCUGGCUUAAACAAUGCCUAAAUAAUCUAAAUUUAUUUCUAUUGAAUUCAAAGAAUGGAAAGAAUGUGUUCUUUAAAUUAUCAAUAAAUUUUUUCCUAAACGUAGUGUCUGGAACUACACAAAAUCUUACAUGUAAGAAGUUGUAUUUUCAUUUCCUCCUUGUUCCCUUUCCUCUCUAUCUCUUCCCAAUCUGCAUCUUCUAUCCCACAAUCCAUUGUUCCAACACAAAUCUUCUCAUUUCCUGUGUAAACUUUACCAGGUGACGUAUACUCAAAACAAUAUCCACCUCCUUCAUAGAUUUCUGAUAUCACAGAAUCUGCGAACUGAUCUCCAGAACUAUGAAUAAAUAUACAAAUGUUCUGCUUAGAUAAUUGUAUGAAGUAAAAGAAUGUAAUUGGAAAACAUCUUUGUCUUUGACUGUAAACUGUUUACCAUGAUAACAUCACAGUUCCAAAAUUGCACAGAGUAAUCAUCCAUUUGGUAAAAAUAGCAGCAGAAAUCUUCAUGUUUUCUUAAAGACCAAACAAUUUAAAUUUUAUGAUGUGACAAUAUGCACACCUAUCAACACAGCUUAAUAUAUCUAAAUUAUACACAAAACGUUCACAGUAAAUAUCAACAAAUGAAGAAUUCAAUGGAAAAGUAAAAACUACGGAAACGUCGCCAUGUGACAUCCACAAAAUGUCAACUUCUAAAGAGCAAUUAAAAUAUGUUACAGGCAUCCAUUUCUUAAUAAUAUGAAUAGUAAGCAUAGACUAAUGUCAAAUUGUUCAAAGUAUAUUGAGAAAUAAGACAAACCCUCAGUUAUUCCAUACGUAGGGAUGCCAAUUGAAGCAUGGAUGCAAUUUGGGUACUCCUAAUUACGGAGUCAUUGAUCGUUUGGAGGUUAGUUCAAACCCAUUUUUCUAUGAUUCAAUAUGGAUUCAAAAUCAAAUCGGUGGAACUAUUUAGUAAAUAAGGAUACAUCUACAAAUAAACACAAAAUAGAAAGUCUUGUCUGCAUCAAAAAUUAAAUUAAAAGAAAAAACGGUAAAAAUAGGUGCAAUUUAAGUCCAUCAUGUUAUACAUUGUGGUUGAGGAUAAUAUCUAUAGGAAGCAGUUCAACUUAGAAAUCUUUGUGUUUUUGUACAUAUUUAUUAAAAGCUGACUUGUGAUGUGUAACAUAUAUAACUCAACAUUACACAACUAUUUUAGUGUUUGUAUAUUUUAUGUGUACAUUUUAUAAUAAGCAUAACACACUACUGUUACUACUCUCAGAUCUGUACUUAUAGUGUCUUUUUAACUGGCGUAUGAAAAUGAUUUGUGAUCAUUAGCCAAUAAUUCAUGUAGGCAUUAAUAUGAUAAUUGGGAGAGCCCUCUAGACUAUCAUGCUAUACUCAAGUGUCAGUUUCAUUACUGGAAAAGCAUUAUGAAAUAACCGAAAUUAUUUCUGUAAAAAAUAAUUUUUGGACCUAAAUCCCAAUCUGCCAUUUCAGUCAUUGGCCUAUCACAUGUAUCAGUUUAGGUCAUGUCUGGCAAAUAUGUCUGUUUUUGGAACCCUUGAUGUAUAAAUUGGAUUAUCACGAUUUCAUAAUAACAGAUCAAUUUGUUUUUUAAACCAAAUAUUUUUCUUUUUUCUUCUUUAUUUGGACACAAAACUUUGUUUAUUUGCAUAUAUAUUUCAUAAUAUUUAUUACAUCAAUAAAAAAAAAUUACAAAUUUA